AUGUCUGCAUGUGAUUUAUGUCAUAAUCGAAAGGUGAAGUGCGACCGCCAAGACCCUUGUAUGAAUUGCACCGACGCAGGGGCAGAAUGUCUCCGUACCCGCCAGGCACGAGUUCAUAGGCCGCGAGUUUCUCGAUUAGACGCAUUGACACAAAGAUUAACCAAGCUAGAGGAGUCCAACGGCAAAGAGAUAGCAGAUUUUCCAUCAGGUCAUCAUGCCGUUAGCAGUACAUCCACUUCAUCGCCUUUGGAUAAUCUUAUGAACAAUGCCGAAGGUCUUAAUGACAAAAAGAAGCGCUAUCGAGAAUCUGACUUGCACGAGACCACGCCUCUCAAGCUUCAAGCAAACAAGCGCCACAAGUCUCAAACCGUGACGCCCCAACAUACCCACCAAGCGCAUUCUCCUGGCUCAACACAUCAUGUCAGCGAGGCUAGGGAAUAUAUUGAGCAUGAGCUACAAUGCAACCCGGCUCUUUCAAAAGAUAGACGAACCGCGCUUGAAUCAGCGCGAAAAUUCGUCAGUCAAUUGUCUGAUCCAACUCUACAUUGGGAAGAGACUGUGACUAUGGAUGAUUUGGAUGUUCAAGAAAAUCUGGAGCAUCCGUCUCUCACGCCAGAAUUGCUCUACAUGAUGCUGCCUGGAACCGAUAAGAGAACAAGUUCCCAGGGAAUAGUGAGCUGGCCUGAUCAUAUAUCUGAAAAGAUGCUGGAGCGGAUGGGGCUUGCAAUUAUUGGGGGCACAGAAUGUGAGCAAGUAAUGCAGCAUUAUCGGAUCAUUGUCUGGGUGAAAGCCAUGGGUUUCAUAUCCAAAAUGGCCCCUCUAAUUACGAAUGAGCCUUUGAGAGUUCAUUUCAGAUCACUCAAAAGAAGAUACGAAGCCGGCGCCAUGGAAGCUAUAAAUCAAAUUCCGCUUGCAGCCGCACCAAGUCUGCUUUUGCUUCAGUCAAUAUUGUCCGCUACACGCUUGAUGCAAUAUCUAGGUGACAUGUCCCGUUGCUGGAUGUUCACAGCACUAGCCUCGAGGAUGAUUGUUGCUUUGAACUACCACAACAUCACGGAUCCUAAUCCUCGAACCGAAACAGAGAAAAACAUCCAUGCCUGUGUGUACUCUUGCUAUUACUUUGACAAGACUCUCAGUCUACUGCUGCUUCGACCACCCUCUUUGCCAGAUUUGAAAGUUAAGCCGAGUCAAUUAGUUCAUGUUGACCCUGAUUUGCCAACAUCUACCAUGGUAACAGGCACAGUUGAGUUUUCGGAGUUGAAAAACACAUUACUGAAUAUCUUGCUUGAUACCAAAACAAUAGACGACUCAGAGAAGGCCAAUAUACUAUCAGAUCUGGUGGCGCGGGCACAUACAAUCCACCUCAAUGUGCAGAUGUUUCGGCGUCGCCAGGAACAGCAGUUCCGACAAUCAUGGAGUGACUUGCGGCGCGAGUGGCUGGCAAUGGAUUUUAACUACUACUCGAUUCUUACGACAAUCAUUCAAGCUCGCUCUUCCGUACUCAAGUCCCGCCUGGUCUGCGAAAACUGUUUAUACACAGCCCGGGAAGCCCUCACUACCCUCCGGGCUUUACAGGAAGCAUUCUCGAGCCGCCUCAAUCCCAUCGAUUCAUAUCCAUAUUUUCUCACUUGGACCAUGUUGCUAUUCCCCCUGGCACCAUUCUUUGUCCUGUUUUGCAAUGUGAUUGCAACCUCGAAUGAGAGAGACUUCAACAUGAUCAAAAACAUCACUGAUGAUCUUCACCAAUUCGCCGAGGCAAAUGUCUCUAUCGGCAAGCUAUACAAACUCUUUUCCAAAUUUCUGGAUCUCUGUGCUCCAUUGGUCAAAGGAGAUCCUGAUGGCUCUCGUUCAGAGCAGCCAGCCAACGCACUGUCCGAUGGGAAUGGGACUGAAAAUUAUUCCGAGGGCCAGAUUAGAUCUUAUUCUGAUAUAUUUGGCCAUUCUGCCAACCAGGUUAUGGCUACUCCGCAUGGUAACGAUCCCACCGAUGAAACCUCCGCUGGACCGCGGUCUAUGGAAGGUUGGGAUGAUAUUCUUGUGUGGGAAUUGUUUGAUAACCAGCCCUCUUUGGGGUGGGCGGAAUCAGAACCGUGGAACGUUAUGGCCCAGUUUGAUGGGGCAUAA